AUGGCCGAGGCGACACAAACGCUAUCACUCGUAGAUGAUGCGAUCCACGAACCCGGAGAUGAGAUGUGGAUGGGUCACUCUAUCAUUCCCCGCGACGUUGCCUGUUGCGAGACGACCGUCAAUCUACCUUCUUUUCCCAUCUCCAGUGCUGCAGACGGCGACAUCCGGAAGAGCGCCUUCGUAGUAAACGACUUGACCAAACAUCCGGACCUUUCAACCAGGCCGUACGUCACUGGCUUUCCCAACGGCCGCUUCUACGCAGGUGUGCCCAUCACAACACCAUCUGGAGUCAACAUUGGUGCAUACUGCAUCCUCGACGACAAAGUUCGUAAUGGAAUCUCGCAAAAAGAUCUCAGCUUCUUGGGCGACAUGUCGCAAACUGUUAUAAACCACCUCGAAUCUGUGCGUGCUCUCUCAGAACGGCAACAAACCAAUCGCAUGGUGGCAGGUCUUGGAGAUUUUGUUCGAGGAACGUCGGGUGCCGCUCGUAAAGCGUCGCCCGCAACUAAUGUGCCUGUGAAGAACGGCGGCGUCGGAGUUCAGGAAGCUUACUCAGGUCAGUAUCGCUCGCCCGAGGCCUUGAUGGACCCUACAAGUACUCCCGCUAUGACGCCUUCGCAGUCGCCUCGUCGACGUGAAGAUGCCGACGAUCCCAGUAGUACAUAUCAACGUGCUGCGGAAAUCCUUUGCCAAUCACUCGGACUAGACGGUGUCGCCUUCCUCGACGCCUCUGUCCGAGAAUUUGGCGGACUGAGCGAUUCACAAAAUGCGGAGUCCAAUGAGGGGAGUAACGCUGAUAGCGAUGAUUCGGCUGUCGUUUUUUCACAUUCUGACCUUACAAAUGAGUCACAAACCGAACAUGCAACCGCCUGCCAGGUGCUAGGCUUUGCACAAACAACGCGAAACCACAGCAUGGGAACAAAACAUCCGACGGGUCAGCCUCCCACGAAAUUGACGGAAUCGUUCUUACGCAGGCUCAUGCGUCGUAAUCCGCUCGGAAGAGUUUGGAAGUUUGACGAAGACUUCAGAAUCUAUUCCGAAGACGAUAUUUCUUCGGACGAGUCUGGAGCCGGUGCCAGUGCUGCGGGAACACGCUCAUCAAGCAAUGAACAACGCAAAACCCAUCGUCAAGAUCGACGAAAUGAUGGAGAUAUCCUGCAGGGUGUAUUGCCCGGAUCACGUUGCAUAGCGCUCAAUGGGAUAUGGGACUACACCAAAAAACGGUGGGCGGUUGCGGGUCUCUACUGGACGUGUGAUCCACUCAGGAAUAUCGCCAAAGACACAGAGAUGCAAUUCGUCGAUGCUUUCUGUGACAUUAUCGUUGCCGAAACCAAGCGUCUGGAGGUAUUGGGCACCGACAAAGCCAAGUCAGACUUCAUUUCGACUAUAUCUCACGAACUUCGCUCUCCACUACAUGGUAUAUUGGGCUCGUGCGAGUUACUAGCGGAGCAGACGUUGGACGAUAUAGCUACGUCCUUUGUCGAACAGAUCAACUCCUGCGGACGUACCUUGCUCGAUAUCAUCGAACAUCUUCUCGAUUUCGCAGAUCUCAAGAGCCGGCGUUUGAAGAAAGGUGCUGUGAAAAGUUCAAACAUCAGCCAGAAGCUUCUUCCACCAACCACGAGCUCUACUACCGACGAUCUGAAAGCGCUAGAUAUGAACAUAGCACUUGAUGACUUGACCGAGGACGCCGUUGUAUCGACCGUAUACUCCUUCUAUUACGGCCAAAAUGCGAAAGAUCACACUCAUCCACCGGUCAUUCUCGACAUCGAUCGAUCCGACGGCAGGCCUUGGCAUUGCAGCUUAGCCACAGGCGGCUGGAAGCGCGUUUGCAUCAAUCUCGUCACCAAUGCACUCAAAUACACGCCUUCUGGACAUAUCCGGGUCUUCCUAAAGCAAGAGCCGAAACAGGGAUCGCGGCGACGUUUUGACGCGGUGCUUACUGUUUCCGACACCGGAAAGGGCAUGUCGAAGAAGUUCCAGAGCGACCGUCUCUUCCAUGACUUUGCCCAAGAGGACACAUUGUCUGAUGGUCUAGGCCUGGGUAUGCACAUAGUCUCCAGGAUUGUGUAUGCAAUGGGUGGUAGUAUCGAAGUAGUAAGCGAUCAAGAUGGGACAGGUACCUGCUUCACUGUACGGGUGCCGCUCGAGGAUCACCCGAAUAGCGAGCGUCGCACUGGGGCUUUGAACGAAAGUAAAGUCACCCCGAAGGCCUUCGAAAGCAUCAACGUCGGUCUAGUGACGGGACUGCAUUCAUCGGCCAACGUUGAACUUAUUUCAACGGAAGCGGCUUCUGCGUUAGCCAUCUCCUCUAUCGAAAACGUCCUCACCUCCCUGAGCAUACGGUCUGCGCGAUGUGAGUGGCAACGCAGCAAUUCAUACGAUCUCAUGAUUGUUAUAGAAGCCGACGUCAAUGAAUGCCUUGCGACCCUCCGAAAGGAAGCAACUACAGAUGACGGGGCUGAAAAGAGGAAAGACAACAUUGCGCCCAUCCUCGUCGUGUGCAACAACAGUCCCAGUGCACAGAUCCUUCGCGAUCAGUGGGCAACAGACAAACUUCAACCUCAUUUGACGAUGGAGCAUAUCGCUCUGCCUUGUGGCGUGAAACAGGUGGCUCGAACAAUAUCGUCUCUUUUGCGCUUGCACGAGAAGCGUACGAUGACAGUCACAGAGCGGCCAAAAGCCCACAAAGAAUUCAGCAAUGGUCGUCUAGCGAAUGGAGCUGCUCAACACGACGCUAAGACUGAUCAUCAACUCCAAUCACAAGCUCUUGCUUCACUGUCACCUGCAGCAAAAGUUCCUGGCGUCAGAAAGUUCGGGGCUAACUCAGCAGAAAUACUUGCUGAGGUCGCAAACGUAGUUCCGGUACAAUCGUCGCCGGCAGAAGUCCAGCUGGUACACCCCCCGAGUCAUCGAGUCUUCGACCCUCAAGCGCUUUCGUUUUCACCACCUGCCACGACGCAAAUGCCGGAACCCCCUCUGAUCAAAGUACCACUCGCUUCUGUAGUUGUGUCGGCCACGAAGAUGCCGACCCUGCUUCUUGUAGACGACAACAACGUCAAUCUUAAGCUUCUCGCUGCCUUUGCCAAGAAGCACAAGUACCCUUAUCUUACCGCUCACGACGGUCAACUUGCUGUCGACGCAUUCGUGAACGCUCACCAAACUGUUGCAUCGCAACAAGGCAAUGGAGUGAACCCUAUCGACAAGGGCGCAAUUGGCAUACCAAACGUCAUUCUUAUGGACAUCAACAUGCCGGUUAUGGACGGUUAUGAGGCUGUUCAGCGGAUCCGAUCCUACGAGAAGAAGCAUCAUAUGGCGGCAUCGAAGAUUAUCGCAGUUACUGCGUUGCAGUCAGAGGCUGCACGGGCUGAAGCGUACGGUAGCGGCUUUAAUAUGUUUCUCAGCAAGCCGAUCAAAUUGCAAGAUCUAGCGAAACUUAUCCCGCUUCUCUAA